UCUUCGGUUGAUGUUCAGUCCUAGUCCGGUCGCACUUGAAUAUUAUUGUUAUUAAGACCUGACGGACAACCUAAAACAGUUUCACAGCUGUACAAAUAUCCUCCAACUAUUUUUUUGUUGUCUGUUGUCGCCCAAUUAUGGAUAAACAACAAGAGGCAGCAGCAGCAGCCGCCGGCUCAGUUGUCGAUGAUAGUGUCAGCAUGAAGAGCGAAUAUCCAACCCACGAGGUAUUUGUUUCUGAACCUCCACCGGCCUAUAAACUGAAAUCUCGACCCACUUCAGUUCAAAUAGCAAGAAUAGCUGCAUUCACAGUAGUAGCCUGCACGUUCAUUUUGGGAUCAUUCAUGUUGGCUGCUGCUUAUUUGCAAGCAAAUGCAUCAUGUUCUCAAUUGUUACACGCCGAAGCUCUUCUCAGACAGAGCGAAGAAGCCGCUGAUCGCCCACAGUUCCAAGCACUUGUGGAUCCUCUGCAAUCUGAUGAAAGUUCUGACUCCAAACAAGAAGAACUUCCGGUUCAUCAACAAAUUUCUAGAAAUGUGGAAAGCCAACAACAAGCCGCUAUAAGUGGUGGUAAUGAACCAUCGGCUCCAACGCCAGUACAGGUCAAGUUACCAAUGGAUUUGGAUUUAGAAGGAAUAAUUGGAAAUUUAUUAGAAAAAAAUCAGCGUUCUCGAAUGAAUUGCGUUGUUGAAAAGAAACGUGCUGAAGAAGUCAUGGAUCAUCAGCCAAAAACUGUCAGAUUACCAUUUGGUCUCAACAUUACCACCGAUCCUCGUUUUGAACACGUAACUGGUGAAAGAAUUAGUAUUAUUUGCGAAAGUGGGCAUGAUGAAAGACGAGCUCCUAGCCAUAUGGAACGAAUGUCACCCCAUCAUCCUAUGAUGAUGCCAAUCCCAAUGGGUCAUAAUCCUAUGACCCAUUUACCCAAUAUGAUAGUUCCACCACCUCCACCACCUCCACAUCAUCAAAUGCCUCCUCACCCUCAACACAAUGAAGGGCCAGUACCAUUAGCCAUGAUUGCUAGAAUAAAUGCAGAUAUUGAUAAUCAACUUCAAAUGCAAGAACAACAACAAAUCGAAGAGCACAUUAUUCCUAUUUUCCAACAACUUUUACCCGAACUCAGAUCUAUGCCAGAGCAACCAGAGCAACAACAACAAUCACAACAAGAACAAAAACAAGAGGUUGAGGAUAGAGCUAUGCCCAACAAAGUAUUAUACCAUCCAGCGAUAGCUGAAGGGCGCGCACUUUAUACCGUUGCCGUGUCUGAAAAAGACAAUAACGAAGGACCUCACAUGUCCCACCAAUCCAUUUCACCCGAACACAUGCGUCAACACUUACCUAUGUUUCAAAGAGUUCCUAUUAAUGUUCCAGUUCAAAUGAUGAUACCUCAUGGAGCAGAUCAACAGAUUAUCCAACAGGAUAGUUCAGUCGACGAAUCUAAACCAGAAGAAGAUCGUCCACACUAUGUUCACCCUCGUUGAAUUUGAAUAUCCACGGAAAUUAAGCAAGUCAGCCGUGAUCAUUUUUUUUAUGAAACUUGCAUUUUUUACAUGAAAAAUUAUAUACUAUUGUUAUUGGUCUAUUGAUUUUAUAUAUAUAUAUAUAUAUGUCCAUGUUGAAGUUAAAUUUCAAACAAUCAAAUAACAAAAUAAGAUUAAAUAAUGCAUAGUUUUGAUCGACUCAGUCAAUUAAGAAUAUACAACCUUAGUGACAAUAAAAAGCAACAUUGUAAUUAAGCUAAAAUUUUAUUUUUAAUGUAUAUUUUCAAACAUAAAAUAACAUUUUGAUCUUUGUUUA